AAGUGAAAACUGUAGGCCAUUCUCUGCUGUCAGUAGAUUCUCUAUCUCGGUUAAAUAGCCUUCGUAUCGAUUGAUUAGCUUCUUCUUCUUCUUCCACUCUCUGGAAACAGCGCAAUCUCCAGAUGGCAUCGUUUCGAGACUCCAACUGGAUCAUAACGCACUGUUGCUGUGUAAUUACACAUUUAGUGCUGGUUCUGGCCAGCUUCAUCGCCUUUGGUUACUAUGUUUUCGCUACCGAUAAACAUGCGAUGGGUUCAAACGUUUCGUGGGCAUCACUCGCCAUCGGCUCAUUCGGCCUAGGAAGCAAUUUGGUACUGUUCGGCAGCCUGCUGUACGUCGAGCAGGAAUUCAGCAGUAUCACGAUCGAGGAGCAAUUCUACCUGAAGCGCUCCGCGUCAUUACUCGGCUUCUUACUUAACUCCAUGCUGGCCGGCGGAGAGUCGUAUUCCUCCUACAAGAUGGUGCAGUUGUUGGAAUCACUUCCAGUCCUGGGAACGGCGUGUGUUUUCUCAGCUCUCUCGGCUCUCCUUUCUUUAACUACCAUCUAUGCCGAUGCUACCAAGCUCAGCCGUGACAGGUCUUUCCUGAGUUCUUUAAAGAUCGACUGUUUCGUCUGAUGAAUUCUUUUGUGUACUAUUGUUUUUCCUAUAU